ACCGUCAUCACCGUCUCCCCCACGCAUAAACUACACGGGUCCGAGUAGUCCUCCAGUACCAAUAAUAGCCCAGCAUCAUCCCUCCAGCCACGCUUAUACCUUUAUCCUCACCGAAACCCUUCUACCACUUCUACAACUUCGAACACCGCCAACCAAAAAAGUCCCGCGAGGCUCCCACUCCCAACACUGCGCUGUGGUUCAUCAUGGUGCGAGCGCGAUCGUGACAUUCGCCUUGAACGGUCACACUGCUGCGUCCGUGUCUGCGACUGCGACUUGACUUGGGGUUCUACGAUCGGACCUAUACGACCCCACGCCACACGCGCUACGCCCAUUUGAGACAUUGAGACGACGGAGACGGGUGGGAUAGAAAGAGUAGGAGAGCAAGAUGGAGAAUAUGCAUGGGGUGGAUGUGUCGUGGUUGCAUAAUACGAAUAGUAGAGAAAUCACACGCUCCACACGAUCAGAACGAUCUACUUCCCUCACAUCCGACAUAGCGUGCCGCUCAUCCCCAGCCCCUAAAACGAACGGCACCACAACCACCACCUCCGCCCCCCGAGAAACCUCUCCCUCAACGCCCCGCCAGAUUCCCCAACGCGCCGGACCCCCCACACGCACAAUCCCAACCACAGACAAAGUAGGCUCUCCCUCAAGCCUGCCCGGAAAAUCAACCCUCCACGGCCCAACUGGCAUCCGCCGCAACUCCUGGCUAUCCAGCAUCUCCUCGAAGUUCUCCUCCUCCCCCUCCAGCGCCCAGCCCGCCGCCGCAGCAGCAGCGGGUGGCGAACAGACCCCGCGCUCGCCUGUCGCGCCGUUGUCAAGCACACCUGAAGAGGAGGAGCCGCGCCCGCCUGUGCAGACGGCGCUGCGGAAUGCAGUGCUCCCGCAUGGACAGAAGGCGGGAGAUGGCAAUGCGCCGUACACGCCUGUCCCGCCCAAGUCGACGCAUCCGAAUUUCCUGACUAGUGCGCUGAGGCGGCUGUCGUCGGGGGGGCAGCUUGCGUCGUCGGGGUCGCCGAGGGGGAAUGGCGGGAUCUGCGAGAGGAGGGUGCUUAAUGUUGAUGUGGGGAGGGAGAGGUGCUGUAUGCCGGAGCUGGAUCAGGCGAAGUUGAGGAGGGUGGCGUUUUGUGUGGAUGUGGAGAUUGCGAGUCGGCCGCGGUAUAAUGAUGAGGAGCCUGUGGAGAUGGCGAGGGAUAAGUUGAGGAAGAAGAAGUUGGGGGAGAAGGGGGAGGGGGAGGCGCUGAAGCAUGCUGCUGAGGUGAAGGAGCAGAAGGAGAAGGAUGGGGUGGUCCAUGUAUCUGGGGAGCAGGUGGGGAAGGAAUCGGCUAAGGAGGGCGUAGAGCCCGCGACGAACGGCGCACCGCAGAUCUCGCCGGAGAAGCCGAUGACGCGGAGGAAGGAGAAGAAGAAGAAGAGCGAUGAGGAGCGUAAGGCGCGCAAGGAAAAGAAGCGCAAGCUCGCCGAGGAGAGCGGGACUAUCCCCGUCGAGCUCGUCAGGGGUGACAGCGAUAGCACUGCCUCCGCUACCUCCGCAACAGCGCCUGUCCCGCGCUCAUCAUCCUCGCCCACCACCGACCCGGUCCGUGUCUACCGACGCUGCUGCCAGCUCCGCGAGACUCCCAUCCUAAAGAAGAUCACUGAGCAGCUCGCCCUCCCUUCCAACACGACCGACAAACCUGGAGUCGUCACCCGCCUAGACCUGACAGACUGCUGGCUUCAGCUCGCCGAUCUCGCCACCCUGGGUGACUAUCUAGCGGUCGUUCCCAUCAAGGAGCUCAUCAUGGAGAACUGUGGCCUCACCGACGAAGGCGUACGCAUUAUCCUCGCGAGCCUCCUCGCCGUAAGCUCCCCCGACCAGGUGAAGCCGCGCCGGUCGCCAUUAGGGCAUCACCACGGCGCUACUACAACGGUCCCGCGUCACGGCGCUGUGCAGCGCGUCACUCUGAAGAAUAAUCCCAAGAUCGGGCGUGAUGGGUGGAGGCAUAUUAGUUUAUUUGUCAAUAUGUCGCGCUCGCUGCGAAAUCUGGACGUCUCGAUUAUUCCGUUCCCGCACGCUGUGUCGCCGAAGUCGAUGGAGAAUGCGUCGCCUGUUGUUGGCGGUUUUCCUGGUGCAGUUCCAGCGACACCCGCAAGGAUCGGCACUCCAGCAACGGCGACGGUGACAGCAGCAGCUACAGACCCAGCAGCGAUACUAUCAAAAGCUCUCGGCACGCGCCUCGCAGGCGCCGAACUCGAGCUUCUCAACAUAGCCGAGACAGGCCUAACAGCCCCACAAAUCGGCCUCAUCGUAGACGGCGCCAUCCAAGCAGGCCUCCGCCGUCUCGGACUCGCCGGCAACAACCUCGACGCUGAAGGCAUGUCUCACGUAGCACGCUAUCUCGAAGCCGGGAAAUGCGAAGGCCUCGACCUGGGGGGUAACCAACUCGGCGACCUCCCCGACCCACUCGUCGACUCCAUCUCCCCCUCGCACCCCCUCUUCGCCCUCUCCCUCGCCAACUGCGGGCUCACCCCCGACUCCCUCGCGCACCUCUUCCCGGCACUGGUGCGGCUCAGCAACUUCCGCUUCAUAGACCUAAGCCACAACGCCGCUCUCUUCGCCACCAAACCCUCCGCCGUGCAGCUACUACGCAAGUACCUCCCUCUCCUACAAUCCCUAAAACGCAUCCACCUCUCCUCCUGCGCCAUGUCCCCCGAGCAAGUCAUCGCCCUCGCAGAGAUCUUCCCCGAUUCCCCAGGCCUCGCACACGUCAACCUCCUCGGGAACCCGGAACUCACCGCCCUCGCUACAGCGGGGGAAGAGGGGCAACAAGAGGAAGCCUGCGCGCUGUACGCCUCCCUCAUGGCGGCGGUCCGCGUAUCGAGGAGUCUGGUAUGCAUUGACAUCGACCUCCCCACCGCGGCAUCAAGCGAAGUCGUCAAGGCCCUCGCGAAACAAGUCGUCGCCUACUCGCUCCGUAACAUGGAGCGCGGCCCCGUCGCGGAGAUAACGCAGGAUCCGUCUGCGCCGCCCCCCGCUACGGAGCCGCGCGAUGAUGUAGCGGUCCCGGAUGUGCUGGCGCAUUUGGUGGGGUACCAUUAUGCUUCUAAUGCGGAUGAUGUGGAUGAUGAUGCCGAUGCGGCGUUUCAUGGUGUUGAUGGCGAGGGCGCGGGGGCACCGGAUGAGGAUUACGUUAUUGGUGGUACGGGGGUGGUCAAGGCGCUCGGGAUCUGUUUGAAGAACCGGUCUGGGGAUUCGAGAAGGGCGAGCAUUGAUAGGGAUCCUGUGCGGUCGUCUGUUGAUUUGCGGAGGGGCGAUGAGGGUGGGGCGGGGGCGGCUGGUGCGGGGAGGGCAAGGGAUAUGUCGAAGAAUCUGUUGGGGAGUGCGAGGAGGAUUAGGGCGCGGUUGCAGCCGGCGUUGUUGAAGGAGGCGAAGGAGUCGGGGGGGUUGGAUUAUCACAAACUCCUCUUCCUCGACCAAACCCUCUCCCGCAUGAUCACCCGCUUCGAAAACGAAUACCCCGAUACCCGCCUCCCCCCUUCCCCCCCUUUCACCACCGCCCUCCCCACCACCUUCCACACCCCCUCCAACCCCGCCACCGCCACCCACCCCCCCGUCGGCUCCGCGGCAGACUACGCGUACCCCGACGAAACGGCGCUGUCAGACGAGGACAUCGAUGCCGUCCCAGAAGAGGGACGCACGAGCCGCCCGAUACUGUCAAGGCAUAAUUCGGAUGUGUCGCUGGCGUCGAAGGCGUUGUCGCAGGAGGAGGGGAGGAUGUUGAGGUUUGGUGCUAAGUUUGGGGGGGAGGAGGAUGAGGAGGGGGGGCUGGGGGGGUGGAGGGGGGGAGUUGGUUGCUGCUGUCGAGGCGGAGGCGGAGAGGGUGAGGGUUAG